AUGUCUACCCAACCGCUUCUCCAAACCGCUCCCGGCAAGCGCAUUGCCCUUCCCACGCGCGUCGAGCCCAAAGUCUUCUUCGCAAACGAGCGCACCUUCCUCUCAUGGCUCAACUUCACCGUCAUCCUCGGCGGCCUCGCUAUCGGACUGCUUAACUUCGGCGACAAGAUUGGCAAGAUUUCCGCCGGCCUCUUCACUCUCGUUGCCAUGAUGGCCAUGAUCUAUGCUCUGUUCACCUUCCACUGGCGCGCGAGGAGUAUAAGGCUAAGGGGUCAGGGUGGCUUCGACGACAGACUGGGCCCUACCAUCCUCACCAUUGCGCUGUUUGCAGCCGUCAUUGUUAACUUCGUGCUGAGGUUGACAAUGGGUGGUGAGCAGCACCAUGGCAAGAACUAG